CCAGCUCUUAUCCAAUAACCUCCGCUGUUAGUGGUGCUGCUGCUGAGCUCCAGUCGGGUGUGUGAAUGUGUGGAUGUUGAAACUGUAGCCGGUGAAAAGCACCAGAACCCAGCCCAAUGAAAGAUGCCUUUCUGCCGCCUGUAGCGAACCGGGAUCCGCGGAGAGCAGAACGCCACGUCUCCGUAGAGGUUUAGAGGAAAAGACCAGCAAGAUGUUGCAAGUUCUAGCUUGUGGCGCCGUAGUUUUCCCCGGUCUCUUCGUCGCCUUCAGGAGAAUUCUGCCGUGUUUUUUCAAAAACUGGACGGAUGCCGACGUGGUUCUGGUCAGCGAAAGGCUAGUGUCCUCCAUCCACGCCCUGAUGGCCACCGCUGCAGGGAUCGUCGUGGUUUCGGCGUGCCGGGACAACGUCAUCUAUGACAGGCACUGGCUCACCACCUACUUUAUCAUAUGGUACGGUGUUCCCUACAUGACGUACGACAUCUUCGCCAUGUACCUCAGCCACUACUACCGCUACCACGUGAAAGGACAUGAGGACUACAAGCAGCACUCCCUGAGGACUGUCAACUCCUUCAUCCGCAAAGAGUUCCUGCUAGUGUUGCAUCACAUCGCCCUGCUCACCAUCUUGCUGCCCGUUACGCUGUUCUUCAGAAAGGACAUGGGGGACUUCUUCAUUGGCUGCCUGUUUCUAACGGAGCUCAGCACUCCCUUCGUCUCCAUGGGGAAGAUACUUAUUCAGCUCAGCCUCCAGGACUGCUGGCUGCACAAGGCCAACGGCGGCAUGGUGCUCUUCACCUUCUUCAUGUGCCGCAUCGCCCUCUUCCCCUACAUGUACUGGAUGUACGGCCGCCACUACGGCAUCCCCCUGUACAGCGUGCCCUUCCACCUGCCGCUCUCCACCAACCUUGGCAACUCCUGCAUCCUGGCGCCGCAGGUGUACUGGUUCGUGCUGCUCUGCCGAAAGGGCUACCGUCUGUACCGGAGGAGCCGCGGUGCGCCGUCGCCCGUGGCGACGGCCCCCGCGGCCGACGCCGGCAAGGAUGAUUGAUGAGGAGGUCACGGCUGCUCGCUCAGGCCGCACACUCCGCUACUAAUUCAACCCCACCACGGUACUGUCCACCACCGAGACUACCUGCUCCUCUUCCACCGGGCGUUUCCGCACACUCUAACUCCUCUGUUACAGAUCUGCUGCCUACGUGGACUUCUCCACUGAUCGUAUGCUUCUACUGAACUCCAGCCAUUUGUGUUUCUCUCUGGAUUUGACUCUGGUCUGGAUCUCCUGCAUCCACAGGACUGACGGACGGUUCUGCUUGUGGACAAAACGUCCCGAAACCUAAAAAAAAACAAAAAAGAAAACAAAAAAAAAGGAGAGAGGAGCUGCGGUGGAGCCUCCAUCUGUAGCUCCCACUGUGUUUACAGCUGCUGCUGGUUGGAGACGGUCUGUCACAGUGACUCACACUCGUUGGUUUUGGUCAAACCCCUCCAUCGCUCCCCCUGUUGUUUGCUUUGCGCGUCGGCGGAAGGCUUGGAAAAUGUGGUGCAUUUUUAGCGUGAAAAAGAAAAAGCAAUACACCUGAACCCCACCCGACGCGACGGCCUGAAUAUUCUCCCCUUUUCUCUGGCUUUCGUGACAAAUUGCAUCCAUUUCCUCCUUUCUUUAAUUAGCUUCCUUCAACUGGAUUGUUUUGGUUUGACUUGCUGGAGUUCUAGUUGAACUGAAACUGACUGAAAAAUGAAUUGCGAUCUUUUCUUCUCGGCG